AGACGUAUAAGCAAUUCACUUUUCGUCGGAACAGGUGAACAAGCUAGAGAGCAGCUCUAUAGAAAUGGCAAUCGCUAACAAGAAUAUCAUCUUUGUCGCUGGACUCGGUGGCAUUGGAUUGGACACCAGUCGCGAGAUCGUCAAGAGUGGCCCAAAGAACCUGGUUAUCCUUGAUCGAAUUGACAACCCAGCUGCUAUUGCUGAGCUGAAGGCCAUCAACCCAAAGGUGACCGUCACGUUCUACCCCUAUGAUGUAACUGUUUCGGUGGCAGAGUCCACAAAGCUGCUCAAGGUAAUCUUCGACAAGCUGAAGACAGUGGAUCUGCUUAUCAAUGGCGCUGGCAUCCUGGACGACUACCAGAUCGAACGCACCAUUGCAGUGAACUUUGCCGGUACAGUGAACACCACCACAGCCAUCAUGGCAUUCUGGGACAAGCGCAAGGGCGGCCCAGGAGGUGUCAUUGCCAAUAUCUGCUCGGUGACUGGUUUCAACGCAAUCUACCAGGUGCCCGUCUAUUCCGCUUCCAAGGCGGCUGCUCUCAGCUUCACCAAUUCCCUUGCUAAACUGGCGCCCAUUACUGGCGUAACUGCCUAUUCCAUCAACCCAGGCAUCACGAAGACAACGCUGGUCCACAAAUUCAAUUCGUGGCUGGAUGUUGAGCCUCGUGUGGCCGAGCUGCUUUUGGAGCACCCAACUCAGACAACUUUGCAGUGCGCCCAGAACUUUGUCAAGGCUAUCGAAGCCAACAAGAAUGGCGCCAUCUGGAAACUGGACUUGGGUCGCCUGGAUGCCAUUGAAUGGACCAAGCACUGGGAUUCCGGUAUCUAAACUAUUCCACUGUCGAUGACCAGAGCCAGGAGUCUAUGGCAGGCAGAGAUCCGAGGCACCUAACUGAUCUAAAUUGUUAAAUAAUUCUUACAUAAGGCUGAAAUCAAAUUAUUCAGAUCAUUCUAAUCUAAUAAAUAUACGAUUAUAAUUUAAAAA